UACGCGUGUACGGGAGGGAGUAAUUGGCUUUUCCCACCGCCAAUGCAUAUCGACGAAAUGACACGCGGAAUUCGUGUUUGUUUAUAAAGGUGGCUGCAGCAGCGUAGUCUGGAAGCGAGUAUUUCUUUUUCCCAUAAUAAUUCAUACACCGGUUUUCAGUAAAUAUCUCGCUGAUCGAAGGUGAUUGAAAUUUAGAAGAUUGCUGAUGGCUUCAAAGAGGAUCCAGAAAGAGCUUAAGGACUUGCAGAAAGACCCUCCUGUAUCCUGUAGUGCUGGUCCUGUUGGUGAGGACAUGUUCCAUUGGCAAGCUACCAUCAUGGGACCUACGGACAGCCCAUUUUCUGGUGGAGUGUUUCUUAUAACUAUACAUUUCCCACCAGAUUACCCUUUCAAACCGCCCAAGGUCUCUUUCAAAACCAAAGUUUUCCAUCCAAAUAUCAACAGCAACGGCAGUAUUUGCCUUGACAUCCUCAAAGAGCAAUGGAGUCCUGCCCUCACUUUAUCAAAGGUCACACUCAAGUUUGUGUUGCUCUCGAUUUGUUCCCUGUUAACUGAUCCAAAUCCUGAGGAUCCCCUUGUACCUGAGAUUGCUCACAUGUACAAGAAUGACAGAGCCAAGUACGAGACUACUGCUCGAUCUUGGACUCAGAAAUAUGCGAUGGGAUAAGAGGUUCAGUGUGUGUGAUGUUGGUCUGUGUUGCAUUCUAUACUGGGCAGUAAAUAAGUCGAAAAACGAACUAAUAUGCCCAUAUUAAGGAUAUUGGUCGUUCAGUUUGUCUUCUUGGCUUGGUGGAUGCAACUGUUUCGACUAGUAUGGAAAUUGUCUUUUCUAGUGUUUGUGUGUGCGUUUUGCCUUAACAUGAUAUUUGUUUCUCAGUAGGUAUUCUAAUUCUAGAAGCUUGUUACUGAAUGACGAGCAUGUUUGGCCCGACUUAAAAUACUUUUUCUGGAAGAAUCAAGGAAUUCCUUUUAUGUAACCUUUAAGCAAACAACUGAACAUGCUCUUGAAACUGUGGUGAUACUUUUUAUAAA